UUAUUAAAGUUAUUAUUGUUAUAAAUUCGCAUAAAGCUUUCAUUUUCACUUGAUUUGCAUUUGCAGCCGCUGACUUGAAAAAAUUCAAAAACUAUGAAGGUGUUUGGUUCGGCGGAGUUUUUAUCAGCUGUGAUUCUGGUGCUUUGCUGCAUCCAGGCAAGCAUGGCGAAGAAACAUCCGCGGUUCAAGAAGCGAGAAGAAGUCUUGACUUGUCAAGAGGAGUGUCUCCACGGAUCUGAAAAAGUGCAAGGUCUGGACCAUUGCUAUAAAAUGCUGGUUGAUCUUGGCCCGGUGAGUCAGGAUAAGGCUGUGGCUGCUUGUGGAUUCGAGGGAGGGGCGACCGUUGUCACUUUCGACAACCCGGGUGAUGCUCAAAAACUAAGGGAUCAUUUCUGGGACAAAAACCAAGACCAGAUCCUCGCCAAUCCUGCGUAUCUGGAUGACGGUGGGUUCUGGACUGGCUACGUGCGCUUCUUCGGAAAUGAAUCCAAUCCAUUCAUGAAUAUGUACACCGGAGAUCCAAUGGACGUGAAGGAUUUCCUUUCUGGACAGCCAGAUGACCGGCUUCUCACAAAGGACUCAGGCGAGGCUUGUGUGAGCAGGAAAGAGUUCCACAAUGAGGAUCUGAAGUGGAAUGGCGACCAGGGUCUGGACGACUACUCGUGCGCUUUCCCCAACUGGGUCAUCUGCAUGCAUCGCAACGUGUAUGCCCUCAACAUGGAGGCGUGGAACUCUGCUUUGAUGUAUGGGCUGAGCUUGCCGGAGGACGGGACCUGUCAGCUGGAUUGGACUACCCAGAACUACUACCAGCUGACCAUGAUGGAAGAGAAGCGACUGGCAGCGAACACUACACAUGCACAUCACCUCGCCGAAAAUUACCUGGAAAUUCUCAACAAUGACGCCAUAAAGUCUCCAUCUUGUCCUCAAUAGAAGAUCAAGAGUUGGAAGCGCCAUCUUGUCGCCGUUUUGUCGUCGCCAUCUUGUCAAGAAUCGGAUCUCUACCAAAAACUUUCACUUAACUGACUCACAAUAAGUGAUCGCGAUUUAAAUUUAGUUUUGAUGCCAAUUAAGUGCCCUUUGGACAUAGACUUUUCAGGUUUUGAUCGACCAAUUAUGAAGUGUGAAUUGAUCCAAACUUUUUGAUCAUUUGUACAGAACUAAACAUUCAUUUGAAAGAAAAUUUUACGCAAUUU